AAGCUUCAAAGAAACAUCAUUCGCGAUUUACGAUCUUGCGUCCGUCUCACGACAUACGCAGCACAAACGUUUCAACGACGUUAUGAAAAAAUAUGAAUCUUCAUAAUAACAACAAAUAAUCAUACUCGUCGACAAACUGACAAAUGACGGGUUGUUAGCUUCAGUUUGAUACGAGUAGAUGGUUAGUUGAGAAACACGCAAGAUCGGAGAAGAUUUGCACUUGACAUAUUGUGCCAACGUAAUUGUAAAAAUUGUGCCGUUCGCAAUUACCUGUCACAUGGAGAAAAGUGAACAAAAACGCAAAAAUGCAAUAUUGUCCCGUCUGAAUUUAUCAUUGUUGGACAAAUUGCUUCAUCCGUACGUAUCAUCUCCCAACAAGCUACAUGUAGUACUGUCCCAACAAGAAUUACCUGUUAAAAGGCAACAACAACUCUGUGACGAAUUACCGAAACCAUGUUGGGUCAAAGUCGGACGGGUCUGGUCUAUCAUUGCGCAACCGGUAAUGUGGUUCAGUGAAAAAACGUUGGCAAAGACCGUAUUCGGAUUUUUCGGACCAUAUACGGACGACUACAAAUGCAAACCUCACAAUAACAUAAUUUUCGUGUAUGAUGAUGACACCAAGUGUGUCGUAACCAAAUGUAAUUCGGAGUUGAAUAUAUUUUACAAGGAAACAAACGUCGAAAACAAGGUAAUAUUACAGACUGCUUUAAAUCAGUUACUGUUGGAUGUAGAUGACAUAAUGAGAUCAAAUCCGUACAUUAAAUGCUAUUCAUCGUUCUCCGAAAAAUUUCGGGUUUCAAUAUCGGGUAUUGAUUGCGGUCCGGAAGCUGCUAAAUGGAUAUCCAGGGCUCUAGGCAAGGAAAAUAUAAGAUUAGCAUUUACUGUGUAUCAUCCAAACCUGUUGCGGAGAAAAUUCUGGGAAAGUAUCAAAAACAAAUUUAUAAAUACCGGUUCAUGCGACGAAAGAGAUAUUACGGUAUUUAAUAAGCAUCUUAAUUAUUUCGGAACUGCAAUAUAUACAUAUAUAAAUACAUAUCUACCUUUUUCGGACCUACCACCUUAUUCGUUGAUUUCGAUAAAUUGUUUGAACACAUUACAAUCACAAUGUGCAAAAGAUAAAUUUUCGAUGAAUUCCAUGAUACAUAAUCCGAACAUUGUCAUAAAAACAACUGAUUAUUCAUUUCACGAAAACGAAUACGAAUGGAUCAAGAUUGGCAAGGACGUAAUCAUGAGAAACAUAAAUCCGUUUCCGUUUAAUAAAGACGAUAGUACUUUUUAUAUCAGAGAUAUGCCAUUGGAUAUGAAAGCGAAGUUGCUGCCUAUACAUUGUGAAUUGUACCAAUCGGGUCCUGUGAACAUAGACGAUGACGUGUGUGUUCAUGUUGCAAAUGUCGUAGAGAUAGAGUAAUAGCGAGAACAAUUCUAGCUUCUGAGAAAGUUUCUUUUACAAGAGAUUGUCUUUAACUGCCGAUAAUAUAAAAAAUGUGACGUAACAACGGAAAAGGGUCAUAUAGAUAUAUAUAAUAUAUAAAAAAAUAUAUAAAGAAUAUACGUGCCACAUAUAUAUGUAUAAAUGUACUGGUGAAGAAAAGAGAAGAAAAAAGACUCAUCAAAGCCGAAAGAUUACGCUAAUAUUUGACAUUUGAUUAUUUUUAAUAAACAUUAAGAUGUUUAUUAAUACUGACUUGCAGUCAAUAAUCAGUAGCAUACAUGAGAGACAGUCUUGCUCAAUUUAUUUAACGUUGUACUCGAAGUAGAAACGAGCAAAAUAAUUGAAACUCGGUGACAAGUAACAAAUGGUUGACAAAAAAUAAAUGGUUAAAAGUUGCACUCUUAUAUGAUUGUACGAGUAUGUGUAUCCUUAUAAUAAGUUUCUCUUACGUAGGUCCAGAUUUCUGAGUAAUAGAGAAAAGGACACCAAUUGAUUUUUAUUGACUUCUCUCACACAAAAUUGUUCCCCAUUCUUAAUAAUUUGAAGUAUAAUGACAUAAAUAAAUAUCAGUUGAAAGUAUACGUACAUGCGUCAUAUGCGUCUUCGUUUAUAAUAUAAAAAAUGUUUGGAAAUUCCGUAUGAAAUUUUACGUCUUGAAAUUGUCGUUAAUAAAGUUGUAAAA